GGAGCCGGAGCCCGAGCGGAGACCAGCGCAGCGCCCUCGUCGCGCUCCUCCCGGCCCGAGCCGGCCCUGCCCCGCGGCGGCGGCGGCGGCAGCGGCGGCAGUGGCAGCGGCGCGUCCUCCAGCGGCGGCAGCGGCUCUCGCAGCGCCCGUACGUGCAGCAGCUGCAUUGGGCCAGGUCAGACUGCUGGGCUGCUGCCUCCUCUCCACCUCGACCUCCUCCUCCCGACACUCUGAGCAGCCCUGACUCCUGACUCCUGAUCAGCGGCAGAGGCCUUAGCAGUGUGAGGAGGAAGAAGCCCAUUGCAUCAGACCAAAUGCUGCGAAGGGUGUGAGGAGAAGAGCCAUCUGUCACUUACCUGCCAUACCCAGAAAGGAUGGAGCUGGAGUGAGCCGGAGGGCCAGGAGCUGCUGACCAGCACGGGAAACGCUGGUGGUUCGUGGGUCACUGAGACUGGACAACGUUCAUGGCUCUCGGGUAGAACCCAGCUCAACGGCCAGAAUGAAUUCUAUGGACAGGCACAUCCAACAGACCAAUGACCGACUGCAGUGCAUCAAGCAGCACUUACAGAACCCCGCCAACUUCCACAAUGCCGCCACAGAGCUGCUGGACUGGUGUGGAGACCCUCGAGCCUUCCAGAGGCCUUUUGAGCAGAGCCUGAUGGGCUGUUUGACGGUGGUCAGUCGGGUAGCAGCUCAGCAAGGGUUCGACCUGGACCUCGGCUACAGACUGCUAGCUGUGUGUGCCGCCAACCGAGACAAGUUCACUCCAAAGUCUGCUGCCCUGCUGUCCUCCUGGUGUGAGGAACUUGGCCGCCUGCUGCUGCUCCGACAUCAGAAGAGCCGCCAGAGCGACCCCCCUGGGAAACUCCCCAUGCAGCCCCCCCUCAACUCCAUGAGCUCCAUGAAACCCACUCUGUCACACAGUGAUGGGUCCUUCCCCUACGACUCUGUCCCUUGGCAGCAGAACACCAACCAGCCUCCCGGCUCCCUGUCCGUGGUCACCACAGUUUGGGGAGUGACCAACACGUCCCAGAGCCAGGUCCUCGGGAACCCUAUGGCCAAUGCUAACAACCCCAUGAAUCCAGGCGGCAACCCCAUGGCGUCGGGCAUGACCACCAGUAACCCCGGCCUCAACUCCCCACAGUUUGCUGGGCAGCAGCAGCAGUUCUCUGCCAAGGCUGGCCCUGCUCAGUCCUACAUCCAGCAGAGCAUGUACGGCCGGCCUAACUAUCCCGGCAGCGGGGGCUUUGGGGCCAGUUACCCUGGGGGUCCUAAUGCCCCCGCAGGCAUGGGUAUCCCUCCGCACACCAGGCCGCCUGCUGACUUCACUCAGCCGGCUGCUGCCGCUGCAGCAGCUGCAGUGGCAGCAGCAGCAGCCACGGCCACGGCCACGGCCACAGCCACUGUGGCCGCCUUGCAGGAGACACAGAAUAAGGAUAUAAACCAGUAUGGACCGGUCUGUUCCUCUUUCCAGAUGGGUCCCACCCAGCCGUAUAACAGCCAAUUCAUGAACCAGCCCGGGCCGCGGGGCCCUGCCUCCAUGGGGGGCAGCAUGAACCCUGCAAGCAUGGCGGCUGGCAUGACACCCUCUGGGAUGAGCGGCCCACCCAUGGGCAUGAACCAGCCCCGGCCGCCUGGCAUCAGCCCCUUUGGCACACAUGGGCAGCGGAUGCCCCAGCAGACCUACCCAGGCCCCCGGCCCCAGUCCCUCCCCAUUCAGAGCCUAAAGAGGCCAUACCCGGGAGAGCCCAACUAUGGAAACCAGCAAUAUGGACCAAACAGUCAAUUCCCCACCCAGCCAGGCCAGUACCCCACCCCUAACCCACCAAGGCCACUCACCUCUCCCAACUACCCCGGGCAGAGGAUGCCCAGCCAGCCGAGUACCGGGCAGUACCCACCCCCCACGGUCAACAUGGGGCAGUAUUAUAAGCCAGAGCAGUUUAAUGGACAAAACAACACCUUCUCCGGAAGCAGCUACAGCAACUACAGCCAAGGGAAUGUCAACAGGCCUCCCAGGCCGGUUCCUGUGGCAAAUUACCCCCACUCACCUGUUCCAGGGAACCCCACGCCCCCCAUGACUCCCGGGAGCAGCAUUCCCCCAUACCUCUCCCCCAGCCAAGAUGUUAAGCCCCCUUUUCCACCUGACAUCAAGCCAAAUAUGAGCGCUCUGCCGCCACCCCCAGCCAACCACAAUGACGAGCUGCGGCUCACCUUUCCCGUGCGGGAUGGUGUGGUGCUGGAGCCCUUCCGCCUGGAGCACAACCUGGCCGUCAGCAACCACGUCUUUCACCUGCGGCCCACAGUCCAUCAGACUCUGAUGUGGAGGUCUGACCUGGAGCUGCAGUUCAAGUGCUACCACCACGAGGACCGGCAGAUGAACACCAACUGGCCAGCCUCGGUGCAGGUCAGCGUCAACGCCACACCCCUUACAAUCGAGCGCGGCGACAACAAGACCUCCCACAAGCCCCUGCACCUCAAACACGUGUGCCAGCCGGGCCGCAACACCAUCCAGAUCACCGUCACGGCCUGCUGCUGUUCCCACCUCUUUGUGCUGCAGCUGGUCCACCGGCCGUCCGUGCGCUCCGUGCUGCAAGGCCUCCUCAAGAAGCGCCUCCUGCCCGCCGAGCACUGUAUCACGAAAAUCAAGCGGAAUUUUAGCAGUGUGGCUGCCUCAUCAGGCAACACGACCCUCAAUGGGGAGGACGGUGUGGAGCAGACAGCCAUCAAGGUGUCUCUGAAAUGCCCCAUCACAUUCCGGCGCAUCCAGCUGCCUGCCCGAGGCCAUGACUGCAAACAUGUUCAGUGCUUUGACCUGGAGUCAUACCUACAAUUGAAUUGCGAGAGAGGGACCUGGCGGUGUCCUGUGUGCAAUAAAACUGCUCUGCUUGAGGGCCUGGAGGUGGAUCAGUACAUGUGGGGCAUUCUGAAUGCCAUCCAACACUCCGAAUUUGAAGAGGUCACCAUCGACCCCACGUGCAGCUGGCGGCCCGUGCCCAUCAAGUCAGAUCUACACAUUAAGGAUGACCCGGACGGCAUCCCCUCCAAGCGGUUCAAGACCAUGAGCCCCAGCCAGAUGAUCAUGCCCAACGUCAUGGAGAUGAUUGCAGCCCUGGGCCCUGGCCCAUCCCCCUACCCACUCCCACCUCCCCCAGGGGGCACCAACUCCAAUGACUACAGUAGCCAGGGCAACAACUACCAGGGCCAUGGCAACUUUGACUUCCCCCACGGAAACCCCGGUGGGACAUCCAUGAAUGACUUCAUGCAUGGCCCCCCACAGCUUUCCCAUCCCCCAGACAUGCCCAACAACAUGGCUGCCCUGGAGAAACCCCUCAGUCACCCCAUGCAGGAAGCUAUGCCCCACGCUGGCAGUUCUGACCAGCCCCACCCCUCCAUACAACAAGGCUUGCACGUCCCACACCCCAGCAGCCAGUCAGGGCCUCCAUUACAUCACAGUGGGGCUCCUCCUCCUCCUCCUUCCCAGCCUCCCCGGCAACCACCACAGGCCGCUCCCAGCAACCAUCCUCACAGCGACCUGACCUUUAACCCCUCCUCAGCCUUAGAGGGUCAGGCCGGAGCGCAGGGAGCGUCCGACAUGCCGGAGCCUUCGCUGGAUCUCCUUCCAGAACUCACGAAUCCUGAUGAGCUCCUCUCCUACCUGGAUCCCCCUGACCUGCCGAGCAAUAGUAACGAUGACCUCCUGUCUCUCUUUGAAAACAACUGAAACCUGCCCCCUCCAGGUGCGAGGGGGCACCCCUGCCCACGCUGCCUCCCUCCCCUUCCGACAGCCCCCCACACUUUCCCUCUGGGAGCCAGGCCUGCAGAGAUAUACCCUGCGGCUGCUGCCUUCCCGGAGCGGAGGGGCGGGAGGGCGCACUGUGAAGGCCGUGUGGGUCCAGAGCCCGCCCGCCCGCACCCAGAGCAAGCCCCAAGACACCGUCAUCGCCACCUUGGGUGUCCACCGCCACUGAGAGGUGCACACCAAUGAUGGCUUUCCGGUCCCUCCGUGUGCUGACGCCACACCACCCUCCACUGCCCCCAGGUUCUUCCACUUUCUAGACUGUGACCCCACUUCCUGGCCCAGAGCCUUCUUCAAGUGACUGUAGCCCUCAAGAGAAAGCCCCAGUGGGCCCUGAGCCUUGAAGGAGCAGUGAUGGUUGGUGGCACUGAGAACAGCCCAAUUUCCAUCCCCACCACCCACCACAGAAAAGCACAACCUCUGGGAAAGCGAGCUCUCUCAGGGGCCAAGGCAAGAUAACCCUGCAAGCACUCUUGUCUCAGAAGGCAGAAGAAAAGGGACAAGGGCAGUGAGAGAGGGCAUGCCGUUCCUGCUUGAGGACUGGUGGGAACGGGUUGGGGUCUCCUCAGAGCCAGGACGGCACAGCAGACGACCUUUGGACUCUGGCCAGGGUUUGGCCUUGGGGGAGGGGGGGCAGAUGGAAAGUGCCCAGCAUAUGUUCCUGUGCCCUCAGCAGGGAGGUCGGGAGGACGCCGUCUGCCAGAGUUCAGUAGGAACUUGUAACUUUGCUCCAAGCUACUCCUUGUUUUUAAACAACAUAAACAACAUAAAGGCUACCAAGUCAUCCAGAGGAAAAGGGAAUGUUGAACUCGGACAGCAAGCAGACCAUUUCUCUCCGCGUGUUCUGUUUUCUUCUCCCGUUCCCCACCCACCUCGCCCAGACUCUUAUGUGGGUUGCUAAAUUCCCUCUGUCCUCAGACGGCCAGCUGGGAUGGUGGAAGGGCCAGGGAGGCAUGAGCUUAGCCUCAGACACUCUGUCCAGCUUCUCUGUCCAUUUGUCCCCACACUCCAGGCUGCCCUUGGCUCCAGCCCAGCUGGUCACCACAUGUGCAGGGAUGGACCCGCCAGCAUCCGGAGGUGGCUCUGUGGCUGUCUUAGAUGCCACACUUGGCUGCUAGCCUUUGCUUUCCUCUGAGUCCUGCCCUUAAAAGCUCACCCCACACUCGUGCUCACUCCAGCAGAAGCGGCCUCCCAUUCAUUCUCCCUGCACUCCUCCACGCCCUCUGCCUUCCUGCUCUUUGGCGUCUCCCGGAUAGCUUGUGCAUCAGUUUCAGGCUUAUCUGUUCGCCCUUAAACCACUCGGCCUGUGAUGCUACUGGGCCACCAGGUCACUUGGGUCACAUCUGUAAAUCCAUUGCAUCCUUCCCAACUGCUGCCUGGAAUCCUCUCUAGGCUCCCCUGUUCACUAUCUGUGUCCUCAGUCUCUGUUUUCUCCUCCAUCUCUCUCUCGCGUUUUCUUGCUCCCUCUGGCCAGUGCUCCCUCUCCCCCACCCCAGUACUCCUCCGCAUUUGCUGCAAACAGUGGCUUCAGCUGUGGACAUCCAGCCUCUGGACCAGGCUUUUCGUAGGAAAGCUGACAUUGCUCUCUCUCUCUCUCUCUCUCUCUCUUUCUUUUUCUUUGUCCCCUUGUCAAGAUUUUUUCAAAUGACGUGGUAUUCAGUAUGCAAAUUGUUUUAGGAAUUGCUUUUGUAAAUAUCUUUGUGAAUAUUUUAGUAUUGUCUUUGAUAUAAUAUUCAACAUUUUCACGACCUGGUAAUAGCCUUUGCGGGUGUUUUUAAAAUACCUUGACUCAAUGACAAAGACCGAGUCCUUUUUUCAAAAAAAAAAAAAAAAAAAAAGAAGAAAAGAAAAAAAAAAAAAGAAAACAACAAAAAAGCCACCAGAGAUACUUGUACAGAUGAAGGGACAAAAAGCACGAGUGACUGAGUUGGCAGAGUGGGCCACCCACCAUUUAGAGCCAGCCAUCCCCAGUGGGCCUGUAGGGAGGAGAUGGCCCCAGGGAGCAUCCUCACCCAGUGGCCACUGGCCCCCGGAAGUGGCUAGCUACACUGUGUUGGACCAUCUGGGAAUGUUCCACCCCAGACAGACUUACAGAUGCCUUCCUUAGAAGUCCCCCCCCUUUCCUGCUUUCCACCUUGCUUCUUUUGCCCAGAAAAGCCUGGGGUCCAUCUUAGUUCUUAUUGGUGUCCCUGUUCUGCUCACCAACUUCUCCACAGCUUUCUAGUGUAGAGGGUGACCUGCUCCCCACAGCCCGGGCUCCAGGCACCUCCCUUCACCCUCUCUGGGGGGCACUGUGGGCUCAAUACCUGAAGCAACUUUCCUGGGACCACCCCUACCCCCACCCCCUUCUUAAGCGAACCUCCACCAGCAAGUUCAACUAAGAGCUUUCCUGAACCAUGGUGCCUGAAGCCCAUGCUCUGGGGAUGUACUUUUUCCAGAGGGAUUCUGGAGCCAGGACAAGGGAUGAGGAAGGCAUAGCGUCAGCCAGGGCUGGAGUGAGCCCCAACUAAUGCCAGAUUCAGGUGAAGACAACCUCCCUGAGCAGGGGUGGUUCUGAACUUCAGGGACAUGCUUCCCUGAUCCUUUCAGACAACUACUUGGAGCCAUAAGUCACCUCAGCAAAAAUAAAUAAAAUAAGACAAGGCCUCUGCAAGCCACUCCUCCAUGAGAAGCAUUCGCCCAGGCCAUAGGCAUGUUUCUGCCAUCACUCCACAUGAUGGACAGGGCGCCAGAGGGAAGGCCACAUCCAGGCAACCACCCUGUCUUCUUGGUUUGAAGCUUUACCCAUGUAUCAUGUUCCCUGUAGCCAUUUUAUUUUUAAAGAAACGUCUAAUACUUUCUCCCGAAUGGAAGUCCUCCACCCACCCCCACCCCACCCCCAUCCCAGAGAGCUCCAUGUCUGCUCCCUCAGCCUGACCCAUCCAGAUAGGCCGAUGUCAGCAGCCGUGACUCGAGGGACGUGUGUGUACAUAUGUAAAUGAGAAAUAGAGACAUGUUAACAGAUGCAUUCAUUUCCUUUGGAAUGUGUAUUGUUUUUAUUUUACAAAUCAAAACAAAAAAAAAAAAAGGCUUGGAACUCCAUCUUAAUGUGGAAAAACUAGAUCCUGUUUGCUAGCGUUCGUGAGGUCUCUCUCCACAUGUGUCUCACUCAUGUAAUAUACCCUGACCCUGUGUGGAAAGGAAUUUUUGGUUCUGUUUUUAUUUUUGUUUGUUUGUUUGUUUUUGUUUUUAUUUUACCUACAUGUACUAUUUAGCUUCAGUGUCCUAGUCCUGCCACCUGUGUAUUUUUAGGGUGCUAUGGAAAUAAUGAGAAGAAACGGGGAUUUCAGAAGAAAAUUGUAACCAAAUUCAUACUUUGUAUAAUUUUUUGAUAUCAUGAUCGCAGGUGAUUCACAUGUACACACAUCGACAUGCUCACAGUGCAGCCUGAAGUAACGCCCACAGAAACCGUCAUUGUCUCUGUACAUCUGUGUACAAUGCAAUCAUUUCAUACUUUCAACUGGUCAGAAAACUAAUUGUGAUUUCUAGUCUUGCAAAGCUGUAUGUAGUUAGAUGAUGUGACAACCUCUAAUAUUUAUCUAAUAAAUAUGUAUUCAGAUGAAACCUGUA